UCCUUGGUCAACGUGGGAGACGCGAAAAUGUGAAGUUGUUUUGAACAUAGGCGACCCGUCGUGGAGUUUGUGACACUAAGAUAUGAAAGUUCUCCGUUUUCAGAAUAAAACGUAACGUCUGCCUGGGUAUCGGUGGGAUUUUUCUUACUAUGAUGCCAGGGGAGAAUCAGUCCAAAGCGUUGGCAAUCGCCGCGGACGCGACGACUGGAAACUGUCAAAACUGCUCUGUUUUGCAGCAGACUCUGGCUGAAUAUGUGUCUUCAUUCCUGGCACUAAAACAGAAGAUAGCGGUUUCAGAUGACACAAUCAGGCUUCAGCAGCAGCUGGAAGAGCUUCAGAUCCGACUGGUUACUCUGGAGAAAAAGACGGCUGAUUAUGAAUCGGUGCAAGCAGAACUGGAAGAAAAGAAGAGUGCACUUAAGAUGUAUGAACAACUAUCUGAAGAGGUGGAAAAACUGAAGGUGGAAAAAAGCAAGACAAUAGCAGAGAACAAAAAGCUUGAAGACCAGCUAAAAAAUGUUAAAGAUUUGGCAGACAAACAAACACUUGAAAAUGCACAGCUGAAAAGAGAAAAGGCUGUGGUGGAAAACGAUUUGCUGAUAUCUCAGACAUCCUUGCAGAAAUCUCAGGCACAAGCAGAGCAAGCUGAAAAACUCAUGGAUGAAAACGCCAAGAUGACAAGCACAAAGGACCACCUUGAAAGUAAAAUCAGAAUUCUUGAAGAUUCAGUUUGCCAACAGAAGCAUCAAAUUUCCCAACUGACCAAAGAGAAGACCAUACUAGAGAAAAAUAUCAACGAUCUACAGGUGAGACUGAUGAAACUGGAAAGGGAAAGGAACAAAGAAUACAGGAGCACAACAACUCAAGCAAGUGCACCUGCAGAGCCUAAAAUUGACAAAGAAAAGUUCCGGAUGUUGCUAGAGAACUUGUGGGCAUGUGUAGACCCAGAGCAGGAGGAGUCUGUAAACCAGCUGCACUUUCCCGAGUCCAGAGUUCCUCCUUCCUCUCCACAAGCCACACUGCACUCUCGUGUGAGUAAAAUGUCCCCAUUUGGUUCUCCGAAGAUCAGUGAACCCCACAGUUUCCACAUACCAGCGAAAGCAACUUGUACACCAUUAAAACAGUCUCCUCGUACACAGGAUGCCAUCAAGCACAAAGCAUCUCUUCAGUGCUCUGGUGAAAGAAAGCAGGCAGGCACUCCGAAAAAGAGCAAGCGAUCACCUAAGGCACGCAAAACUGCUGAGUCAAGUACGGAGAUGGACACAUUAUCUCUUGAAGAGAUAAUCAGAUUGUUUAAGCCCAUGCCUCCCAGUAUUUCACCACUUCCAGAUUUGGACACUGAGGUGGAAUCCAUGAAAAUGGAGGUUCGAGAAAAUGAAAGUCAUUCUAAACCCUGUGAGGACCGUCCUGCUCUUAAACAAGAGCAGACCUUACACGUCGCCACAUCACCAUCAAGCCAAAGGAGUCCAAAAUCGGCUGCACUUCAAACGGAGGGGAAUGCAGACUUUUCGGUAGUCACAGAUGAGGGAGAGGGGGAAAUUUCCAAUGAAAAGGACUUUGAACAAACCAAGUUUGGCGGCAUUCCUAAAGUUAUUGACAAAAUCGCUACAGAUAUGAGAGGAAUACAUCCUCAAAACGACAUGCUGAUUGAACAGGAGCCAUCAUCUGCACAGCUAUCACCACCAUCAUCCUCGUUUUCCACAUCAAGCUUUACGGGAUUGAUUGAGGCUGUGCCAUUACCCACUGAAAGUACACUUCUAUCCUGUAAUCCUGGCAUCAGUAGAAUCUCUGAAAAUGAAAAUGCCUUAGAAGAUGCAAAUAGUGAUCUCUCAGAGACUGUAACAAGCAUGGAUGUUGACAUGAGCCCUAGUGACAUUACUGAUAACAAAACAGUUGCUCCUGAUGGUGGAGAGUCAGCCCUAAUAGGUGACUCUAUGGAAGGCAUCGUGGUUGCAGCUACACAAAAUAGUUCAGACAUUGAAAAAAAUACUCUGGAUUCUUUUAAACUUCAGGACAGUACACGGUCUGGCUGCAAGGACUCUGAUAUACCUGAACAUACUCCAAGUUCAUCAGGCAGCAGUGACAGCAUCACUGCUGUCUCUAAUGAACAUCUUGAAGAGAAAUUGGAAGUUGAUGAAAGCAUCAAACUUCUUGGGAAGGAGGAUGGGAAUGCACAGGGGACUGUAGCAGCUUGUCCUGCAUCAUCAACCUGUAAUAAUAUACCUCCACCCCCUUCAUCUCCGUUGUUAAAGAAGGAAGAUGACCAGUCCGAUGCUGAUCAGGAAUCUGGCCAAGCAAAUGUUGAACCUCUUAGAAAAAAGGAUGCUGACAUAGACAUAGUGACCAACUUCCAAGAAACAAAUACUGUAAACUGUGAAUCUCUGAAAGAAAGUGCACAUUCUCUUUGCAAGCAAGUGAGUCCUUCCUGCCUUUUACCCUCUAUAAAGCUGCAGGCUUUGGAUAGUCAUCCAGGAAAAUUGAACGUUGAUGUUAACAUAGACCACGUCUCAACAAACAAACCAAUUCCUUUUCCAAAUUUAGAGAAAGAAUGUGACAUUGAAAAAGCUACUGUUGAAGAUCUUCCUCAGCACAAAAUACACACCAGUAGUAGUACGUCAUUGGAGACGAUGCCUGAUUCCCCAGAGACAAAUACUGUAAACUGUAAAGCUGCAAAAGAAGACAGACAUUCUCUUUGCAGCCAGUUGAGUCCCUCAUGUCUUUUGCCCACUGUAAAGCUGGUAUCUUUGGACACUCAGCCAAACCCAGGAAUAUUGGAUGCUGAUGUUCAGACAGAAAUUAUUUCAACAAACAUACAGUCGCCUUCUUUCAGUUUAGAGGAACAAGGUGUCACCAAAAGUGCUACUAAUGAAGACCAGGCUCAGGAUAAAAUGAAGGGAGGUGAUACUACUCCAUUAAUUCAGAAUCCUGCUGCAGAAGGACAAGAUAAAUCUUUGGAUUUGCAAAUGGUAGAGCCUGAAAAUCUAGUAAGAGAGGAAAAAACUACCUCAGGAGGAAGUUCAGCUGAAGCUCAGGCUCCAGAGUGCAUAAGCAAUGUUCGUGGCGAAAUGGGUCCUCCACUUCCUCGUCUCCUUACCCCUUUGAAGACUCCUCCGAAGAUCAACAGAUCUAUCAACCCAAGGCAGGCUAUUGGGAAACUCUUAUUUCCUUCACCCAUGGAUGGAAUUGAAUCUCCUACUUCACCUACUCAGACCAACAGAACACCGAACCGUCAUCAGCUGAGUUCUUUAUCCACAAACAGCCCACUCCCUCUAAAUGGAGUCCCCUCAUCACCACUUCAGUUCGGCUCUGCCACGCCUAAACAUGCUGUGCCAGUCCCUGGUCGCCUACCUUUGACAGCAAUGAGUUCUUCUCCUUCAUCAUCCUCAGCGACGCCAUCUCAGGAAAAUUCCAUGAGAUUUCUCGACACCAUGUAUCCAGAGCUCUCUGCCCGGGCUCGUACUCUGAGCAUUCUUCGAGGCAAUGUCAAUCUCAACAUUUGCUCAUCCGAGAGCGGAACAUUACCGACAACCGACAGUCAGAAGUCUAGCUUUAAAACUAUAAACUCCACUUCAACGGCCUUCACAAAGACUGAAGUGAGGGGAGAAAAAAGGCCUGCCAUCGGUAUGCCGCAGCCUAAAAGCAGUAAAUGUCUCAGGCUUGACCAGGCUGCUGGUGUGACUCACAAUCAGGUGCUUACGUCCUCUUCAAAAAGUGCAGACGACACCUCAUCAGCCCAGAAUCUGACACUAGAACAGCUGAAAACUGAGACAAUCUCUUCAUCCCUGAAAUCUGUAGAACAUCCACAGAAAAAUCUUAUAGUUAACUCUUUAAGGAAAAUUGAAGACCAGUGCUUUGAUCUGCUGCCUGUGAUCCGGAGCCAUCUGCAUGUUGGUAACCUUCCCAAAAAGCCCGUCUUAAGAGAUGAGGAGAAGGAGGUCAUCGCUGAAGUUUGCCAGAGCAGCUCAGCAGAUGACAUGACUGUGGCCAUCCUGAACAAACUGAAAGCUGGGAAAAUGGACCUGAGUGGAAACCACGUGCAGGCCCUCUGCAGAGUCUACACUGGGAUCUGUAGGAAGAGGAGAGACGUGGAAAAGGCUCGUGUCCUGGCCUACAGCCUCCUAAUAGAAGAUUUUCCAGAUUCUGCGAAGCUGAUUUUAUUUAUGGUGACAACAUGGCCCAACCUUCUCACACACACCAGUUCUCUGUCCCAAGCCAUUCAUGCCGUCACCAAACUAAGAGCACCAGAAGAGCUUCUCAGCUGCCUUUUAGCAUUUCUUGGUUGGAACAAGACUCCUCCCUGUGACAUUGACGAGCUGAUCUCCAGAACUCUGUCUGAGAUCAGAUCGGGAUCAAAUUUGUCCUUCACAAAACACAGUCGGUACGGGGAGGACCUUGGAGCCGAGGCUUGGGAACACGUCUAUGCACUGCACCUUCUUUGUACAAACAAGAAGUGGAAGUGGACCUAUGAUAAUUUACUAGGCAAGGAGUUGUGGCCACUGAUGAACAGUUGGGUAACAAGACCGCAACAACAGCCCAUCUCUGAUGUGGCUGUCGCUACUGUGCUCCGACUCAUAGGAUGCCUUGGUCAGCUGGGGCUGAAGGAGAAGUGUAUUUCCACUGUGGUCACUAUUGCCAAUGUCAUCAAUACAUUUGGUAGGCAUGGACCAGCUGAAGGUGUGCCAUGGGAGGUGCAAUUAGCAGCCGUCUACUGCAUCUAUGACCUGUCUCCGUGCAACCCCAAACAAGCCCUGGAAGCCCUUGCAGAAUGGAGAGGAGAAACAUCUCAAAGUGUCCCUCCUGCUGUCACUAGCUGCAUUAACCAGCUAGCCUGUAUUUGUAGACAGGCCAACAGCUGAAGUGCACAAAUCCACAGACAUGACAGUCUGUCCCCUUUUUUUGGAAACGGAUGCAUAAAUUGGCGCUGAUUUAAACUUACUGGGUGACUCACAAGCAGUUAGAAAUUGGUGGUUCUAAAAUUUUAAAACGUCCAGCAGACUGCUUUUUUUGUUUUAAUUUUUUUAUGUGCACUUCUACUCUAAAAUUAUAUAAAAAUGUUUAUAUUUCUGAAUUUUGUAGCAGUUUUUGUUUUUUAAAUUGAAACUUUGCCUGUAGCAAAUGUACUGGUAUAGCUUCUGUUAUACUCGGGUUAAUGCUGUAAAGUCUGUACAGUGUGCAUAUGUGUGUUGUUGCUAUGUAUGUUUCUCUGCUGAAGUUUACAGUUGUAGCAUCAGUGUCUGUAUUCAUGAAAAAUAGGAUUGCCAAAGUAAAUAUGUUGUACAGUUAAAAGCUUGAGAGAUUAUUUAAUUGUUUUGGGGGGGCGGUUUUCAAAUUAAAAUGUCCGAAUUUUGACCUAAGUUGUGUUCAUUUGCUGCAGUCUCUAUUAACCUAGGUCUUCUCAGCAAUGUGUGCAUAUUUCA